AUGGCUUUCACAGUUGGUAUUAACGGUUUCGGUAGAAUCGGUAGAUUAGUUUUAAGAGUUGCUCUUUCUAGAUCCGACAUCAAUGUUGUUGCAAUCAAUGAUCCAUUUAUUGCAGCAGAUUAUGCAGCAUACAUGUUCAAGUAUGACUCCACACACGGUAAGUACAAGGGUGAAGUUUCUGGUAAGGACAAUGCCAUCACUAUUGAUGGUCAUGACAUCACUGUCUACAAUGAAAGAGACCCAGAAUCCAUUCCAUGGGGUAAGAUUGGUGUUGAUUACGUUAUUGACUCCACUGGUGUCUUCACCAAGGUUGAAGGUGCAAGUAAGCACUUGAAGGCUGGUGCAAAGAAGGUCAUUAUCACUGCACCUUCUGCAGAUGCUCCAAUGUUUGUUGUUGGUGUCAACCACAAUGAAUACACCAAGGACUUGAACAUUGUCUCCAAUGCUUCUUGUACCACCAAUGGUUUAGCUCCAUUGGCAAAGGUUAUCCACGAAAACUUUGGUAUUGAGGCUGGUUUGAUGACCACCAUCCAUUCCAUCACUGCUACCCAAAAGACUGUCGAUGGUCCAUCCCAUAAGGACUGGAGAGGUGGUAGAACUGCUUCCGGUAACAUUAUUCCAUCUUCUACUGGUGCUGCAAAGGCUGUCGGUAAGGUUUUACCAUCCUUGGCAGGUAAGUUGACUGGUAUGUCCAUGAGAGUCCCAACUGUCGAUGUCUCUGUUGUCGACUUGACUGUCAACUUGAAGAAGGAAACCACCUAUGAAGAAAUCUGUGCUGCUAUCAAGAAGGCUUCUGAGGGUGAAUUAAAGGGCAUUCUUGGCUACACUGAAGAUGCAGUUGUCUCUACUGACUUUUUGUCCGACUCUAGAUCUUCUAUUUUCGAUGCAAAGGCUGGUAUUCUUUUAACCCCUACCUUUGUUAAGUUGAUCUCCUGGUACGAUAACGAAUAUGGUUACUCCACCAGAGUUGUUGACUUGUUGGAACACGUUGCCAAGGUCAAUGCUUAA